GGAAUCUACUUUGCUAUGCUUCUAGCAGGUGUUGGUUUUCUUUUGCCUUACAACAGCUUUAUCACAGAUGUUGAUUACCUUCAUCACAAAUACCCAGGGACCUCUAUUGUGUUUGACAUGAGCCUGACCUACAUUUUAGUAGCCUUGGUUGCGGUCAUUCUCAACAAUGUCCUGGUCGAAAUGUUGAGUCUUCACACCAGGAUCACCGUGGGAUAUCUCUUUGCUUUGGGUCCUCUUCUCUUUGUGAGCAUCUGUGACGUCUGGCUCGAUCUCUUCUCCCAGCACCAAGCUUAUGCGGUCAAUCUUAUGGCAGUGGGCGUGGUGGCCUUUGGUUGCACAGUGCAGCAAUCCAGUUUCUAUGGUUACACCGGGAUGCUGCCAAAGCGGUACACUCAAGGAGUGAUGACGGGAGAAAGCACUGCUGGGGUCAUCAUCUCCUUAAGUCGCAUCUUCACCAAGCUUCUUCUGUCCGAUGAGAAGGAGAACACCAUGAUCUUCUUCUGCAUCUCCAUUGGACUGGAGCUCACUUGCUUCCUCCUCCACCUCUUGGUGAAACGAACCUACUUCGUCAGAUAUUACACCUCCCGAUCCCAGAAGGGGACCUCCGAGUUUAAAGGGUCAAUGGACAACAGCACCGGAUACAGAGUCCACCAUGACGUCACGGCAGAAGACAUCCGAUUUGAGAAUCGGCCUCCCAGACAAAAUGCAUCUCCUCCCGACACCUUUGGGGAUGCGGGUGAGCUGGCUGGUAGCGGCACUUACGUUAGAUUUGAUGUCCCUCAACCUGAAAUCAAAAGGAGUUGGCCGAGCUUCAGAGACAUGAUGCUCCACCGCUACAUCGUCUCCCGUAUGAUCUGGGCCUACAUGCUGUCCAUCACCAUGACUUACUUCAUCACGCUGUGCCUCUUUCCUGGGCUGGAAUCGGAGAUCCGGAACUGCACUUUGGGGGAAUGGCUGCCCAUUCUCAUCAUGGCCGUCUUCAACCUCUCUGACUUUGUGGGCAAGAUUUUGGCGGCGUUGCCUUACGACUGGAGGGGAAUCCCCCUCCUUCUCUGCUCCUGCCUGCGGGUGGUCUUCAUCCCUCUGUUUAUCCUCUGCAUCUACCCCAAUGGGAAGCCCACCUUUAGCCACCCGGCCUGGCCCUGCAUCUUCUCGCUCCUGAUGGGCAUCACCAACGGUUACUUCGGCAGCGUCCCCAUGAUCCUGGCGGCCGGGAAAGUGAGCCCCGAGCAGCGGGAAUUGGCAGGUAACACCAUGACAGUGUCUUACAUGUCAGGGCUGACCCUGGGCUCCGUGGUAGCCUACUCUGCCUACAGCCUGACCAGCACUUCUCCAAGUUCCUGCCUCUAUCCAGGGAACUACACUGCCUCUGUCCUAGAUGGGAACUGA